CUCUCUCUCUCUCUCUCUCUCUCUCUCGUUCGUCUGAAAACAAUUUCUGUGUUUCAACGAACGUCAACUUCUUAUACGCGUUUCUCUCCCUUUCCUCUCAGUUAUACUAAACCGCCCUUCUUUGACUCUCUGACUCAACCUUUCAUACUUCAAUUGACACAUACACUUCAAUUCUCACACCCCACAAAGCAAAAUCAUAUCUUCAUUCAUUUUUUCAUUCAUUCACAGAGACCAUACUUCAAAGCUUCAAUCUUUCAUCCAUGGGUUCCUCUUCUAAGCUGUUGUUGUUGUCGAUGACGAUGCUGAGUUUGUUACUUUCUCGUUGCCAUGGAUACACGACAUUCGGCUUCAGCAUACAUCACCGGUUUUCGGAUCAGGUUAAGGGCAUUUUGGGAACUCAAGGAUUGCCUCAAAUUGGAACUCCUCAGUACUAUGCUGCUAUGGCUCACAGGGAUCGACUUUUUCAUGGCCGGAGACUCGCCGCCGGAGAUCGAAACCCGCCUCUCACCUUCGCCGCCGGCAAUGAUACUGUUGACAUUCCUGCUUUUGGAUCUUUGCAUUUUGCCAAUGUUUCUGUUGGAACACCACCUCUUUGGUUUCUGGUGGCAUUGGAUACCGGUAGUGAUUUGUUCUGGGUACCUUGUAAUUGUAGCAGUUGUGUGAGGGGUAUAGAGACACAAAAUGGGAAGAUUGAUUUUAACAUCUAUGAUAUUGAUCAGUCUUCCACUAGCAAGAAAGUUCUAUGCAAUAGCAGCUUGUGUGGUGAACAAAAACAAUGUUCUUCCUCUAGCAGCAGUUGUCAAUAUCAAGUUGACUAUCUUUCGGCUGAUACUUCAUCUAAAGGAUUCUUGGUAGAGGAUGUGUUGCAUUUGAUUACAGACGAUGAUCAAACAAAGGAUGCUAAUGCACGAAUUACUUUAGGUUGUGGCCAAAUUGAGACCGGUACAUUUCUAAAUGGGGCGGCUCCAAAUGGUCUAUUUGGACUUGGUAUGGAGAACAUGUCUGUUCCUAGCGUUCUAGCCAAACAAGGCCUUACUUCGAAUUCAUUUUCAAUGUGUUUUGGAUCUGAUGGUUUUGGAAAGAUCACGUUUGGGGAUAGCGGCAGCUCAAACCAAGGAAAAACUCCGUUCACUGUUGGGGCAUCACAUCCAACUUACAAUAUCACCAUUACCCAAAUCAUUUUGGGAGGGAAUGCUGCUGAUGUUGAGUUCUAUGCAAUUUUCGACUCUGGCACCUCAUAUACAUACCUAAACGACCCGGCUUAUACACAAAUUGCUGAAAAGUUCGAUUCACUAAUGAAAGCACCACGGCAUUCAUCUCAAUCAACUUCUGAUCUCCCCUUUGAAUAUUGUUAUGACACGAGUCCGAACCAGUCAGUUGAAGUUCCGGAUUUGAAUCUAACGAUGAAAGGUGGAGAUGAUUAUCCUGUCAUGGAACCAACAAUAACAGUUUCUAAUGGGAUUGCAGAAAUGAUUUGUUUGGCGAUCGUGAAAAGCAACACUGUAAAUAUUAUUGGACAAAACUUUAUGACCGGUUACCGUAUUGUCUUUGAUCGCGAUAACAUGAAUCUUGGUUGGAAGCAAUCCAAUUGUUAUGAUGAUGUACUCACCAGCACAUUACCUGCUAAUAAAUCACACUCUCCUGCUAUUUCUCCCGCUGAGGCCGCCAAUCCGACAGUUACAUCGGACCCUUCGAGAAAUUCUGGGAAGCUUUCGCCUAGUCACUCGUCCAGGAUCAAACCUAUUUUUGCACUUAUGAUUGUACUAUUUCUACUUUAGACAAUUUUUUUUGCAUUCUUCAUGUUCAUUCCAUGAGUAUUAUUCAAAUUUAUAGGCGAUUUUAUUUUUAGUUGACCACACUAGGAGCCAUAUUGCUUCCAUUUUUCUUUUAUAGCAUUAAUUUUAUUAUGGUUCUGUAUAUAGUGCAUUCAUUACACAGCAUAGUUGUAAUCUUAUAGAAAUUUCUCUUAUAUUAUUCUUUAUUACACAUCAGGGGUCAGUUUUAUGGCUCUUUUCCCCCUCUUAA